AUGGCAACUGGGACUCGCAGACCCAGCAUUUCUCGUUUUCCCAGCGUUAGUUUUAGCAAGCAGUCAAGUGUGAAUUCAGAUGGUUUCUUCGAUGAUGCAGAUGGUGUUGAUUCUGCAGGAGCGCACGAUCGACAAGAAGAAGCCGAGAAAGGUUCCGUAAUCUGGAGUACCACGAGGAGAAAGCUUACUCUGGUGUCUCUGUGUCUUGUUUACUUUGCAGCCACGGCAUCAUUCGCGAUUUUGUCUCCAUUUUUUCCCAGCGAGGUAAAUAUUAUAAUGACUUCUGUUGUAAAUCCCGUACUGAACCUGCCGGGAACUGCAAAACGUUCACCAAAGUCCUUCAAAUAACUCAAAAUACCAUAACUUCUCACUUCCACUGAGUGUCGAUCAGUAAGUAUCUUUUGAAGCGUCGCUUUAUUGUGAAACGUAUGGUAAAUCCCUUAAUUUUUUUAACAUAAAAUUAUGAAGGCUUACAGAAAGGGGGGGGGGGGGGGGGGGGGGGGCUCGACCAAUAUUUGGGUAUAGGUGUGACCCGCUUAGGGUUUGAAACUAUGACCCUGUUUAGGGCAAAAAAUUCCUAAAAUUCAUACUCUGGUUAUGGGACAAGGAGGUAAAAACCAUACCCGGUCUAGGCGCACGUCGCCCUAUAGGCCAUGUUAAGGGAGCACCCCUCUGGGGUCUCCAUAAUUGUGAUAAAUGUCAAAGUGUACAAGGGGGAUGAAGAUAUUGAGGGGGGGCGUUUACCGAAGGGGGCCUCCCGAAAAUUUGUAUACUUCAAAACCAACACAGACAUUCUUCAACGAUUUAAUGGGGUGCAUCACGCAUUCCUGCUCCACAGACAGGAAUGCGUGACACACCUCUAAGAAUGUCUGCAGGGGAGGCUAACUUCGCAUUGGCCUUGGUUGGAAUGCCACUAAACAAAAACAAAUGAUUGUGGUGGUCCAACCCAGUUAUGAGCAAAGGCUGCGUUCUCAGGUUUUUUGUAACACUGGUUUAUAACUGAACAAUGCAAGGCAGUAGUGAUGUCCCUAAAAAUUUAUUUACUGGUGCAUCCAUUUUUUCAUUAAGAUUUCACAUGAUCAAAGUAUUUGAGUUUUGAAGGAACAUAACCCACGGAGUUGUAAAAACAUGAAUCAUGGAAGGUAAAGUCAACCCUCAAAAUUAAAAUUUACUUUACAACCUUCUCAAUACCCUAGUAUUCAGGUAGGGUUACCCUUAUGCAAGGGUAACCCUGCCUGCCUUCUAAGCACCCUAAUAAAAGAAAAAGAAGAAAUGUGCUACUGCAUGGGUAACCCUCUUGCAAGGGUAACCCUAGCACCAGGGACACCCUUCCUCCUUGCAAACAAGAUGAGUGUCCUUGUAGAUGGGUCAGGGGUAAAAUAUGGCACAACGUUUUGCCUGGUGACUCUUAAUGACUUAAUUACUUUUGACUAUGGGUGACAGUAAAAAAAGUGAAAUCUUAGUUUGUGUACUGAAAAUGUAUUUGCUGGGCACCCUAUAUAUUUAGCUUUUGAGCUUCAGUAUCUCAUUAUUCUUGGAAAACAGAGAAAUAUUUGGCAACUGGGAUUGCAAUAUUUCUGACUGGUAAAAUGGGAUUUGAGUUACUGGUUCUGGGAAUGGCCAAACAUUUUCACUUCUUGGACUGCAAAAUUUGAUGUAAAUUUUGAAUGAUAAACUGAGGAGUGAGCAAAAUUUAUACCCUUCCCUUCCUAGCUUCCUUUGUGAAACAGUGAUAGCAUGGCGGCCAUACCAUGUUUAUACUGGUGAUAUACAUGUCUGCUGACUUUGUAUUGCAGGCUCAAGAGAUGGGUGCAUCAGGAACUAUGAUUGGUCUCAUCUUUGGUAUCUAUCCUCUCGUGGUCUUUCUUGUUGCACCAGUAUUGGGAGUUUUUGUAAGUGAACUCUGUGUGCAUUUUUCAUUGGUAAAUCAUUAUACUGUAAGUGAUCUAAUCAGAACUAUAACAAAAUUGUCAAAUCUGAUUGGCUAUCAACUGCCCUGAUUUCAGCCUUAAUUGGACAGUUUAAUAGGACAGUACACGUCAUGCCUAAGUAAUUGGACAGUACGUGCCAUCAAGCGCACACUUAAAUAGCUUUUUUGUUUUCACUGCUAGCAAAAAAAAAAAAUUUCAAAUUUCUUGUGUUUUGAUUUAAAAAAUAGCUUAUUAUAUCACGUUAUGAUUAAUUGGUAACAGGACUGAGUGAAGUCCAAUUCGGUCUGUAAUCAUACUCGUGAUUAAAUAAAUGUUAAUCACUUGUAUGAUUACAGACCGAAUUUGACUCCACACAGUCCCGUUACUAUUACUACUAGAAGCCUUGCACUUUCUUUUAACUUUAGGGGUCCAACUAGGGCUGUUUAGAAGGUGGGAGAAAUUUGAAAGAGAGAUUUGUCUAUGUUCAUAAUAAUUAUUGUGAGAACAAAACUAAUAUGUUUUCAUGUAGGGGUGGGGGGGGGGGGCUUGUAUAAGACAAGGGGUGUUUAUAAGAGAGGGGUGUCGUAGGAGGGGCAUUUAUUAGACAAGAGGCGUAGUGAAGGUCUGUUAGAUCAUUUACAGUACAUGUACAGGUUGUAUUAUUUUAUGUUAAUUCUUUUGGCAGAGACCCAGAGGCAGUUUUAAAAAGGAUGAUUAUAGGGGUAAUUUGAUUAAGUAAUUUGUUUUCUUGGACCAGACAGCAAAAUAAUGAUGCCAGAAUACCAGUGAUAUGAGCAUACAUGUACAAGGUUUUUGUCUAUAGUUAUUGGAAUGAGAAGUACAAAAUAUACCGAGGUAGUCAUUUUAUUUUUUCUGCAAACUUGUUCACCUGUAACAUUCAAAACCUUUUGCUCUACCUAAAAACCUUGUGCGGAACUUGUACUGUAAUAUUGUUUGUCCUGGACAUCUCAUUUUUAUUUCUUUUUUAAUUAUUUUAGCUCCCACAAGUUGGUCCAAAGUUUACAUUGACAGCAGGGUUGUUUCUUUGUGCUGGGUCGCAGAUAUUAUUUGGGUAUUUAUACCAGUAUUCAUAUUUUUUGCUGUAAUGCCUUAGCAUUAAAGUGUAAUAAGUUAAUAUAAUCUGUAUUAUAGAAAGCAAGUGCUUAUUAAAUGUAUGUUAUAUUUUUGCAUAAACAGUGAAUAGUCAUCUAUGCACUACAUGUAUGUAACAACCUUAAAGAACAUCUGAUGUACGUAAAGAAGUGUAUUAACAUUAUUAAAUAAACUGUUUUGAGCUUACAUGACUUGUUCUAACUAUUUUUUCUUUGUAGAUUUGUGUCAUUGCUUCCAAAGGGUGAAGUGUUUGUGGUGUUUUGUUUUUUUCUCCGUGUUGUGAUGGCUUUUGGUGGAGCAGCAGCUGACACGGCUUCAUUUGCUAUUGUAGCAGGAGAAUUUGGUACAAAGAUAGGAGUUGUAACGGUGAGCCAUUAAUACAAAACUACCUGUAGGCAUGCAACAACUUGACAAUAUUUUAGGCAGGUUUUUUUAUUUUGUUGUUUAAGUGUCUCUGCAUUUAGUUUUUACGGUGGCCAAUACACACAGACCACACGCGGCAUGCAUUGUCCGAAUUCUGUUGUCUCUAAGUUUGCAGGCAACAGUGGUCAGAGCAGUUGCUUAUUAAUUUGUUUUUUGUGCUUCGAUUUUUCACCUGUUAGGGAGCAAUGGAGACAUUUACUGGUCUUGGUUUCAUGUUAGGACCACCUCUUGGAGGAGUUCUUUAUUCUGUGAGUUAUAAAUCUGUUUUAUUUUAUUGACUGUUUCACUUACUUUUAAUUUUAGUGAAUUGCUCCAUUAAGUCAUUUCACAUAAAAUACAGGAUGUUACCUUCAUGUAGAUUCUUUUUGCUUGACAUACUUAAACUUAAAAUUGUGAAUUGUAAAUAAUAUUUUCUUUCCUUGCGUUUAAUGUAUAUAUAUAUUUUCUAUAUAGUUUUUAUGUAGUGUCAGCUCGAAGAUAUUAGCUUGUUAGCUACUCUAAAAUUCGAGUAUAAAUAAAGUUUUAUGUUAUGUUAUGUUAUGUUAUGAGGAUGUAUUAUUUUAGUGGCAGAUCAAGGGCCAGGUAAAAAUCCCCUUUUAUAGACCCACCAUUUAUAAAAAUAAUUAUUAAUAUUUAUUAUUAUUAUUUAUUAUUAUUAUUAUGGAUGGACCAGAAAUUAUUAAUUUUAAUUUACGUGAAUGAUCUUCCGGACUGUCACCUGGCAAGCGAUAUUAUUCUUUAUGCGGACGAUACUGUACUCUAUUACUCAUCCAAAAGCGUCAGUGAUCUUGAACAUCACAUCAAUGCUGACUUGGGGACAGUGUCUGAGUGGUUCUCUAGAAAUCUCCUGACACUAAAUAUAUCCAAAUGUAAUUUUGUUAUCUUUGGAAGACCUCAGAAACUGAAUCGUAUUCAAGGCAUUUCGGUUAAAGUAGAGGGCACUAGCAUUGAAAGAACACAAUCAUUCAAAUACCUAGGCAUAACGCUUCAACAGUCUAUGUCCUGGGCAGAUCAUGUCGAUGCUAUCACCAUGAAGAUUAAUCAGAGAAUAGGCCUAAUUAGGAGAAUCAGGAAUCUAUUGCCGCUACAAACUAGAGUUGCCUUGUACAAUGCCCUAAUCCUCCCUCUUUUUGAUUACGGAGACGUUAUAUGGGAGGACAAGAACAAUGACACCAUCAUGUCAGAAUUACAGAUUCUACAGAAUAAAGCUGCUAAAGUUAUGCUGGGGCAACCACCCCGAAGCUUGUCAACUGAAGCACUGAAAAGUCUAGAUUUGAAGUCACUGUCCACAAGAAGGUUUUUUCAUCGCUGCAUUGCAAUCCACAAGUGUCUUAUUGGAGAAACCGAUUUCAACUUUAAUUUUACUAAAAGUCAAGCUGUUCAUUCAUGUAAUACAAGACGCUCUAAUGAUAUUCACUUACCCCUACCCAGAACAAACUGGGGUAAACACACUUUUAUUUUUCACGCCGCGAAAGACUGGAACAGCCUUCCAAAUGGUUUAAAAGAGUGUAAUAUUUUAUCUACCGGUAUUUUUAAAUCCAAGUUAAAACCUUUUUUAAAAGAUCUCAGCUAAUUUUAAACCUUGAUAUUUUUUUGUAUAAUCGAUUUUAAGAUUUUAAAUUUUUAAAUUUGUUUUACUUGUAAACAUAUUUUACUUUUUUCGUAAUUAUUAAUUAAUUGGUUAGAUUAAUGCUUGAGGGCCCCACUGAAAACCACCUUGGCGAGUUGGGCUCCCUCUAUAAAUAUUAUUAUUAUUAUUAUCAGACCAUAAUUGUUUGUAAAAUUUAAUGGCUGAGUGUAUUGAAAUUAUGAAUUUAUUUUGUGCUUGGGGGGCGGGCGGGCGGCAGGCGGGGGUGCACAUUGAUUAAAAAGUAAUGUGUAAUGGCCAUAAAGAAUAGAAGUUAUGGUGUGUGCAAGUUUGGACUCCUCCCAAAAGAAAAAUUCCUGAAUCCUUCCCCAAUGAAAUACAUUAGCCGUAUUGUGUUGUAUCUUUUUCUUUCUUUGUUUCUGGCAAUACCGUCUAUUUUAAUUAUUGUUGUUGUUGUUGUUGUUGUUGUUGUUGAUGUUGUCAUUGUCAUUGAAUGGCUUAGUUGCUAUUGAUCAUAAUAUUUUUUCUUAAAAUUUCAGGCAGGAGGGUUUAAACUACCCUUUAUUGUCAUGGGUAGUCUUCUUCUAUCAAUUUUACCUGUGGUAUUGAUCAUUUUACCAAGAGAUGAAAGUAAGUACAAAUCAAGAUCUAUCCUUUUCUCUAUCUUCUCUUAGUUCAAUGUAUUUAGUGAGCAUGUAUUAUUAUUAAUUCAACACAUUAUUAUGAUUGACAUUGACUAGAAUGCAUUUACCAGCCAAGGUGCACAUAAGUGUCUGAGAAUACCGUUAUCUGUAAAAUGCUUUUAAAUUUGAUGUUUAUACCAGCCCUGAGCUUUCAGGUCAUAGAACCUCGAUAUAACAAAACCUUGUUAUAGUGAAAGAUGUUUGUCAGUCCUUUGCCCUUUGUGGGUUAUAUCGAAGUUCCGCUUGUGAAUGGAUGCAGAGCUUUGAUGAUAGUUUUUUGUUAACAUGAAGGUUUUCGAAAGCACAUCAUUGUUGGAUGCUUUUACUUUAUAUCAUAUCAAUGGGUUUCCCUGCAUCUUAGUUCUUCAUUCCACAAUAAUUUUGAUACCCCCUAUAGAGUAGGAGCCCUCCCUAACAACAACAGUUGUUGCAAAGGUGCCUCAUAACUAACAGUAGCUGCUGAAAUUAAAAAAGUAAUAAUAAAGUACGUGCUCAGUAGUGAAUGCUAUAUUUCCUGUUAGUUUUUCAGUCUUUCACCAGAGGUAACUAAGCCAAUUUAUUUUACUUGUUGCUUUUCUUGUCUUUUUAGAUGUAUUUAGGGAAAAGAAAGGUUCAUUAAUUCAAGCUGCAAAGAUCCCAGGAGUCGCCGUGAUAGGUAAUAUUUUUAAGUGUAUUUUUCCAGCUGUUUUGUCAAAGCCAUUCAAGAAGCCUAUUCAUGUGGUUACAAUGUAGCGCUUGUUCGCGAUUAAAAACUGUUGAAGGUUGCAUUGGGUGUCCUGUGUGUGCGUCAUUAAUAGGCCAUUCCAAGUUGCCUCAAGCUUCUGUUUCAAAGCGAGGCUCAGCGCGAAGCUAUUGAUAUGAAGAUGAUUUUUUAUUCUCAUGCAAACAGAACUCAUUUUAACAUUAAGGUUUUGCACCUACACUUAGCCUCGUUUUUAAAGUAAGAGUUUUUGUAACUCAGAAAUGGCCUAUUUGUAAUUUAGGUGCCCUGUGUACAUGUGGUGUUACCAUUUAUACACGCAAUAACAUGUAUUCGAUCUAUGACAUGUAAGUACGAGUCAGUGCAAACAGGGCCUUUCAUUCACCACGCAUCCAGCUCUCUCGCGUAUCGUCGCCAGCUACAAGGAGCGAUAAGAGGCAGCUCUAUUCACAAGCUGCACAAGUUCUGUGUAAACGGCCAUUUUCACUUCAGCACUGCUAACGCGCCCCCACUGCUUUUGCCAGAUCUUCACUGUCAUUAUUUUUAACAGAAUUGUUAAACUGUUUUCUUCUUUCCUUUUUUCCCUAUUAUUUUGUUGCGUUCAAUUUCCGCUCUUGUCCUUUUUUUUCCCAGGGUUUUGUAUUCUUGUAUCGGGAAUAAUACUUAGUUUCCUGGAUCCAACAUUCGCGCCCUAUAUGAAGAAAGUAAGUACUUGUUCGAGGAAAGAAAACAGAAACAAAGGGAAAAGUCAAAGAAAUGAAAGGGAAAUAAGACGUCUUGAUUCCUUCAUCCCCCUUUAGAUAAAAGAGCCGGCCCAAUCUUGCAAUAACAAAAGAAAUGGUUUUCACUCCUGGGUUAGAGUUCAAAGUCUCGUUUAUCAUAAGUUUUGAAGAACUUCGGUGAAUGGGGCAUGGGCUUUUCGUCUCUACCAUCAAAAGGCAUUGAAAGGUUUAACGGACGAAGGAGAAAGUAUCACACCCAAGUCACUUAACACACAGGCACGUUCGCAAAAGCGAACGUCUAUUUCUCGUCUCUCUUUUGAACAAGUCAUGUAUCCCUGUAAUUUUUUAUAUGAUUAGAAAU